GGUAUCUUGCUUCUGGCGAUUCAAUGACGUCAAUGUCAUACCAAUAUCUAGUUAGAGUAACAACAGUUUGUAAUAUUAUUCGAGAGACAUGCGAAGCAAUUUGGAACAGUUUGUAUCCUUUAGUUUUACCGUCAGCAUUGUCAGAAAAAGAUUGGCUCGAAAUUGCAAAUGAUUUUGAAGAAUUGUCUAAUUUCACUCAUUGCAUAGGUGCCAUCGAUGGAAAACAUGUAACAAUACAAUGUCCCAACAAUGCUGGUUCCACAUACUACAACUAUAAGCAUGCUCAUAGUGUAGUAUUAAUGGCCAUUUGUGAUGCACACUAUGUAUUCCAUUUUGUUGACAUCGGAGCAUACGGACGACGAAGCGAUGGAAGCAUUUUCAACAACAGUACUAUUGGCAAGAACUUUAAUACAAACUCCAUGAAUACACCGAAGCCAUCAGCUGUUGCAGGAGGAUGAAUUUUGCCAUACUGUCUCAUAGGAGACGAAGCAUUUCCCCUAAAACCAUAUUUACUGCGCCUUUAUCCAGGCAAAAAAGGACUAACAUCGGAACAGGACAUUUUCAACUACCGGUUAAGCCGUGCGAGGAGAUUUAUCGAAAAUACUUUUGGUAUUUUAGCUAGUCAAUGGCGAAUAUAUCGCAAACCAAUUAUUGCUUCCCCAGAGAAUGUUAAAUUGAUGGUGCAGGCGACGGUUUGUCUGCAUAAUUUAAUCCGCAAAGACGACAUUGAUAAAAAUACAUACGUUCCUGCGGGUAUGGUGGAUGAAAUUAAUUCUAAUGAUUCAAGUAGUUUCACAUUAGGUUCUUGGCGAAGAAUCUUUGAAGAUGGCUGCGCUUUUCAAGAUAUCGGUCAUUGUGGCUCGAAUACCAGUGCGCGAAACUGCAUUCAGAUGCGCAAUGAAUUUUGUAAUUUCUUUUGUAGUGAAGGACAGGUGCCUUGGCAAAAUAACAGACAUAAGUAAAAAACCGCUAAAUUAUGACAGUGACCUAGAUGACGAUGACCUAGAUGUAA